AUGGAUUUCAGAAUAUUAAUACUUCUCCUCUCCUUAAUUUUAGAUGGCUGCCAUGGUUGUUCCUAUCCACGCUUUAUUCAGAAUGUGACAUGGAAAGACACUACUAAAGGUCGUGUGGUGUAUGGAGAUACCAAGAUGACUGGUUGGGCUUUUGUCGCCUUUAACCAGAUGAUCGCGGACUGGGAGUGUUACAUGAAAGACGAACAUUUCAUUGUGUCAAGAUCGACUAAAACAAUUAAAGUGUUUGGAGCUGAAGUUCAUGCAUAUCUUUGCCAGAAGCUGAGUCGAAUUGAUGAAAAUGCUAUUUACUAUUACGCCAUGACAGAUAAAGAAGAGAAUGCUGAGAAAGAAAGAGUACAUGUAACCGCGGCCCUGAUACAAGACGUCUGCACUGUCUGUAACCCGAAGUCUUCUCCAGCAGACGAGGAGUUCCGAGUUCUUGUCAGAGAUGGUACUGAAGUUGACCCGUCUUUAUUAGAGGCGCCAGUUGUUGGAUGUAAUCCGUGUGUUCUUCAGUGUGAUAUACCAGGCUCUCCACCUGUACCUACCACCACAACAAUUAAACCUACAGGAAAAAUGGUUUUUAAAAUCAAAAACAAAAAGCCGUCCGUAAAACCUUCUGAUAAAAACUCAAUACAGAAGAAAUCUAAUGCUGGACUUGUCGUUGGAAUUGUUAUUGCGGUGUUAGUCCUUGUGUCUAUGGGUGUAGGAGCUGCGGUCUGGUACUUCCGAUUUAGAAAAUAA